GCUCUUAGAGCCGAAUCGUUCGCGACCGACCCAUCAUUAGGUCACAUUGCUUAAACGGUUCUGUGCUUUAUUAACUCAUUUAAACUACCUCGGGGUUCUGGUGGAUAAACAUUUUAACCGUGGAACCUGCUAGGCCUAACGAACCCCUGUGUUAAGGUCCACGUAAUGGGGAGCCAAUUAUCCAUUGAUCCCAGCGUCCAUGUUGUGAUCGUUGGUGGUGGGUUUGGUGGGAUUACAGCUGGCCAGCAUCUUAAACAUCAAGGGGUGCCCUUUAUGCUGAUUGAUCCAUCUGAUGCAUUUCAUCACAAUGUUGCAGCACUGCGUGCCUCUGUCCAGAGUGAUUUUGCUCGGAAGACUUUCAUUCCGUAUAAAGAAACUUUUGGGUUGAGUUUCCUUCAAGGACGUGUGAUACAGAUAAACAUGUUGGAUCACUUUGUUGUGCUUGAUAAUGGAAAGGAAGUGACAUACUCACACCUCAUAAUAUGCACUGGGAGUGAUGGACCUUUUCCUACCAAAUGCAAUGCUGAGCAUUCCUACCAGAAAGCUAUUGAGAUGUAUGAAGACAUUGUGAAAAAGGUCCAAGCAGUGGAUUCAGUGCUGGUGAUUGGUGGUGGAGCCACUGGGGUGGAAAUGGCUGCAGAAAUCAGGACAGAAUUUCCGAACAAGAAGGUAAUUCUUAUUCACCCACGUGAAACCCUAGCAGACCCAGAACUGCUUUCUAGUGUGAGAGAAGAGGCCAAACAGAUUUUGUUGGAGAAAGGAGUGGAAUUGUGUCUCGGACAGAAGGUGUCAAACCUUGAUGAGCUGGAACUGAAUGUGACUCGGAAGGGCAGCGUGGUCAAGACGGAUAAGAAUGAACAGUUCACAGUUGAUCUUGUCUUUUCGUGCAUGGGGAAUAAGAUCAACUCUAGUGCAUACAAGUCCAGCCUAGGUGGGUCUCUGGCACCAAAUGAAACUCUGAAAGUUAAUAAGCACCUGCAGGUGGAGGGCUUUGACAACAUAUAUGCUGUUGGGGAUUGUGCUAAUGUGAACGAACCUAAGAUGGCUUACCAUGCAGAACUACACGCAAAUGUGGCUGCUACCAAUAUUAUUAACAGUCUGUCUGGAAAACCGCUUACAACAUACCAGACAGGCAAUGUGUCAAUGCUGUUGGCUAUGGGCCGGGAUGCUGGAGUGGGUCAGUUUAAUGGUUACAAACUUCCUCGCUUUUUAGUUACCAAGGGAAAAAGUGAGAGUCUUUUGCUAUGGAAAAGUUGGAGGGAAAUGGGACAAAAAUCCCCAGCCUAGCAGGUAGCCGCAAGCACUGUCAAUGUUUAAGCUCCAUUUAAACUUUAAACUAGCCCAAUCAAAUUUUAAGAGCUUACAUCAAGAUAAACAGUAGUUAAAAUAAUAGCAGGCUUAAAAGUCUUUAUUUGGCAUAAAUGGAAUUAUAGGUUUAAAAUUAUUUUAAACCACAAUGUGAUUCCGUAUACACAUGACUUUUUUUUAACCCAAAAAAUCACAUAUGGUUAAAUUGAAGUAUUUUUUUUAUUUCUAGAACUAACUUUGAAUAAAAAAAUAUAUAUAAAUGUUUAGAAUGAAUGAAAGAAAAUCUACCUUUUUUUUUAAAAACUGUGAGCUCUAAUCCAGCGGUCCCCAACCUUUUUUGCAGCACGGACCGGUUUCAUAUAAGAUAUAAUUUCAUGGACGGGCGGGGUGGGAGAAUUUAAAAUAGAAUAACUAUAGAAUUGAAAAUCAGAAAACCCACCUAGUGGUGAUUGGAGACAAUAACACCCGAAGAGUUUUGGAAAUUUAAUUGCUCUUGUUGCAAUCUCUAAUUAUUUAUUCUUUCCGUGUGGCCUGGUAAUAAAUGACCCGGUGGUUGGGGACCACUGCUGUAAUCCAUCCUUAUGAGAGGAAACAUUGGAACAUUAAACCAACAAGCAGCCUUAUGUUAAAUAAUCUUCUAAUUUAAUGUUUUUUUUUCACAUUUAUUUAUGACAUGCAAUGUUACCUCAAUUAAGUAUUUAAUAUGACUUCAUAUAAACUAAAUUAUUUGAGGUGAUAACACAGUGAGCAUUGCAAGUGUAAAAAUGCAAAAAUGUAAGAUCACUGUGUACAUUAGAAGGAUAUUUAUGUCAUCUAACCACACAUUUAAGUUCCAAGAGUUUAAUAAACACUACUGGGAUUGUGACUGGAACCAUGCUUUAUUGGCAGAUUAAGUGUCAAGUGAGCUUUUUAGCAACAAUCACUAAAGGUGGGUUAAAGUUAGAAGUGACUGCACUGAAAAAUACUGAUACCCACCAAAGUAUGGCGGAGGGUCUGUCAUGUGAGACUAACUCAAAACCUGUCUGCCUCUGCCAAGCAAAUUAAAAUGGGCCAGCAGCACAGGGCUAUUACUGGACCAGAGAAACACAAAAAUGGCUUACUGAUCGCAAAAUUAAGCAUCUGCCAUGACCAUCUCAGUCCCCUUAUCUAACUCAAUAGAAAAGCCUGUCAGCUGAGCUAAAGAUAAAAGUGUACAAGAUGGGACCCAAGACAAUUUGAAGAAGUUCUAAAAAUAGGAAUGGUCUUAAAUUAUUAAUUUAGUGCUGCCAGUACUAUCUUUUCCCCCCAUCAGAAUAAAUUGACUCAAAUUGACAAUUCUACUCAAAGUUUAAAAAUACUUAGUGUAAGACUACCACCUAUUGAAAGUUUACCAGAAAAACAUGGUAUCGUUAAGCUAUCAAUAAGUACAUGUACCUCAAAAGGUGGCAUCUAUCUGUUACAGUCAACACAAUAUGGCUUUUAUUAUUCUCAGUUAUUUACUUUUUUAUUAAAUAAAGUCUAGUUCUCAGAAAUUGCCAGGGCAAGCCAUACUUUUAUUGCCAUUAUAGUAACAGAACUGUGCCAAAACUAUGUAGUUUUGGACAAAACAUACAGCCUACAUACAAUACUUCUGAUGCAUUUCUUUAUGUCUCAACUCCUCUUAACCUUUGCAAAAUGUAAGCAUGUAAAGCACAAUGCUGAUACAGUAAUAGACACAAUUAAGAUAAAUCUGUCAGUUGACAAUAUGUGGAAUAAAUCUAUUUUUUUACAUUUACAAAAA